AUGCCCGCGGCACCGGCAGAUGAUCCUGCUAGGCGCAAGCGACCGGGUAGAAAGUAUACCUCCCGAGCCUGUGAGACAUGUCGACAACGACGAGCUAAGUGUGAUGGCAUCCGACCGUCUUGCUCCCGCUGCCUUGACCGUGGCGUUCAAUGCGAGUACUCUACAGCAGAGGACGGGCGGCAGCCAGCGCCCAAGUCUUAUGUAGUCAUGCUGCGCAAUCGAAUUGAACUCUUGGAGCGUGUACUGCAAACCCAUGGCAUUGAUUCUGACGCCGCCAUUCAACGGAUGACGGAAAAUGAGCCUGACACCGAGUGGGCCCCGGCUUGCUCCAAUGUUGAUGACUUGUGUACUACGUUUGACGGCGCACUGACGCUUGACGAGUCAUUAAAUUUCGAUCAAGAUGGUGAAGUACGGUAUUUUGGACCGACAAAUUCGCCCAACGAAGAGACGUAUCAGUCCGAUGGCCCUUCCAUGCGAACUUGUGAAACACCGCUGAAUGGGAGCACGGAGUCGGUAGAAGAAAGCUUCGCACCAGAAGUCGGGCUUCGAUCUCAUUUGAUCGACCUGUAUUUUGAGUGGGAACAGCCAUGGCUUCAGGUGGUGAACGAGACACUGUUUCGAGAUUCCAUGAGAAAUGGCGGGCGAUACUUUAGCCCCCUUCUUUUAAAUUGCAUUCUCGCUUUAGGGUCACGGUACUGCGAUCGCAUAGAAGUUAGAUCAGACCCCAACGAUUCAAACACAGCCGGCAAGAUAUUCCUCGAGAGGGCUGAAAGAUUGAUUCAAAACGACCUCAGGUGGCCCAAGAUCACAACAAUCCAGUCAUUGACAAUUAUGGGCAUGGCCUAUAUUGCGAUGGGGUCUGAUGCUGCUGGGUGGCUCCACCAAGGCAUGGCCAAUCGACUGGCCCUGGAUAUGGGCUUCAACAUGGAUCCUUCGGUCCUCUCCGGGACAGUUGCUCUUCCACCCAUUGAAAUUGAACUCCGAAGGCAGAUCUAUUGGGCUCUUUAUUGCCACGACAAACUCUCGGCAAGCUACACAGGCAGAGUGUGCACGUUACUGGACUCCCAGGGUGUCGUCAACAAACCAUUCCCCUUAUGUGCUUCAGAUGUCUAUUUACCUUCAGCAAAUGGCAAUGGACAAUUAAGGGCUGCUUCUCAAAGAGACGUGGUACAGUUGCAUAGGGCAAUGAUUGACCUGUGUCGUACAUUUGAGAAAGUUCUCCUUUCAUUCUGGUCUCCAAAGCCACUCCUACAACCCAAGCAACGUUUUGCAUUUUUUGACUCCUGUGUGCUUGAACUCAAGACAUGGUACUACGAUCUUGCUCCAGAGCUCAAAGUUGACCGUCCAUCUGGUCCCUCUCGAUUUCCUCACGCCUAUACAUUAUGCAUGGUAUACCAUACUGUGUGCAUUCUACUUUGCGUGCCUUUUCUGAGCAAUCAGUCUGCCAGUCAAGAUGUUGGCAAUCACACCGACCCACAGACCCAACAGAACAGCAGCAACAAUGAUCAGGAGUCUGUCUGUAGACAGAAAAUCAUGACAAUAUGCAGAACCUCAGUCCGAGGAAUGUGCAUUGUGGCCCAGAAAUAUAGACAGACAUUUGGCAGCUUCAAGCUGAGCCCUAUAACCGCGACACACUGCAUGCUAUCGGCGGCAUCGCUCAUCAUAGAAAAAUGCUGCGUUGAUUACGCCAUGAGAUCUGGUACAGGCAACCAAGCCUCACGAGGUCCGUCACCACAGGCAGCUGUGGGGCUCUGCCUUCAGGUAUUACGGGAACUCUCAACGUCCUGGGAUAUUGCAAAGCGUAUUGGACGAAAUCUUGAGAAAUUAUACUGCGAACGACUGAACUGUGAUAUUGACCAUAUGCCGCCUGCCCCUCCAUUGGAAUGCAAUGACAUUUGCACAACUGCAUAUCAACCGGCAGACGUGGAUCUCUAUGUAGGGCCCAUGGCCUCGACCGAGCCACUCCAAGGUCUGCCCAACCCAAAAGACUUGCAUGUUCAAGAUAUCCCUCUGACCCCUCCUGUUCCAAAUUCCAAUUGGUUUGAUGUUCCUGCUUCGAGUAAUACUUAUCAUCACAAUAACAACAACGGCGUGAUUGGACUUGCGGCAGCCCCUAACCCUGAUGAGCUGUUUAUCAACAACCUCGGCUUUGCAUUUUCGGCCAAUUGUCUACCCAGUGAUUACAACAUGUUUGAUACAUUGAAUCAAAUGUAUUUAGAAGAUAUAUGGUGA